AGGCACCAAUUGCAAGAUGAUUCAUUAGUCUAAUUCAACUCACUGAACCAUGAACUCUCUAUCACUCUUUGCCAUCCUCUGCUUAAUUUCGGUGCAAUCCAUCGCCAUCUCUGCGAACUCCGCCGCGUAUCCUUCCAUCCCCGGCGCGGACGCUAAAGAUGGGUGCCCCCUCCGCGGGGAGAGCCGCGACGCUCUGAUUCCUCCGCGGCGAGAAGUGUACGACAACGGGCGAGUCUUCGACAUCAGCCACAGGUACGUGCCUGAGUUGCCGGUUUGGGAGUCGACGGAGGGGCUCGGGCAAGACUUUCUCUGGCUUACAACUAGCAUUAAGAAUGAGUCGCGCGCUAACAACUCCAAAUUCAAGCUCGGUGCUCACACCGGCACUCAUGUCGACGCGCCCGGUCACUUUUACGACCAUUACUAUGACGCCGGCUUUGAUGUUGACUCGCUCGACCUAACACUGCUCAACGGCCUUGCACUUUUGAUUGAUACUCCACGGGAUAAAAACAUAACGGCUGAGGUUAUGAAGUCCUUGAAUAUCCCUAAAGGUGUGCGUCGCGUGCUUUUCAGAACUUUAAAUACCGACAGGCGACUCAUGUUUAAGAAAGAAUUUGAUACAAGCUAUGUGGGAUUCAAGGAGGAUGGUGCAAAAUGGCUAAUACAGAACACUGACAUCAAACUUGUAGGAAUUGAUUACUUAUCUGCUGCUGCUUAUGAUCACUCGGUUGAAUCUCAUCUUGCUUUUCUGGCAAGCAGGGAGAUCAUUCUCGUGGAAGGCUUGAAACUUGAUGAUGUCCCAGCAGGAGUAUAUUCACUCAGUUGCUUGCCUCUUAGAUUGGUUCACUCUGAGGCAUCACCAAUACGAUGCAUUCUGAUCACAUGAUGAGGUCCAUGCAAGUUUGUGGUCAAACCUGGUUUUCAAUUGCACGAUGCCGAUGCUGAAUGGUGAAACUGACGCAACGUAGCCCGAAUAUAGUUAGGUCCACAAAAGGCAGUUCAUGAUAGCAGUAUGUUGUAGUAUGUUGAAUUCUCUUUUGUUUUACUUCGGUUGCGGACUGUAAUAAUAAACUUAUGUUUUUAAUAUUUACCUAGGUUCCUUAAAAUAAACUUAUGCGUUUCACAAA